AUGUCAUUUCAAAUCGAAACGGUUCCCACUAAACCAUAUGAAGAUCAGAAGCCCGGUACCUCUGGUUUGCGUAAGAAGACAAAGGUCUUCAAAGACCAACCUAACUACACGGAAAAUUUCAUUCAGUCGAUCAUGGAAGCUAUUCCAGAGGGUUCUAAAGGUGCCACUCUUGUUGUCGGUGGUGAUGGGCGUUACUACAACGAUGUCAUUCUUCAUAAGAUUGCUGCUAUCGGCGCUGCCAACGGUAUUAAAAAAUUGGUCAUUGGCCAACAUGGUCUUCUGUCUACACCAGCCGCUUCCCACAUCAUGAGAACGUAUGAGGAGAAGUGUACUGGUGGUAUUAUCUUAACUGCCUCACAUAAUCCAGGUGGUCCAGAAAAUGACAUGGGUAUUAAGUACAAUUUAUCCAAUGGGGGUCCUGCUCCUGAGUCCGUCACAAAUGCUAUUUGGGACAUUUCCAAAAAGCUAACCAGUUAUAAGAUUAUCAAAGACUUCCCAGAACUAGACUUGGGUACGAUAGGUAAGAACAAGAAGUACGGUCCAUUACUGGUUGACAUUAUUGAUAUUACAAAAGAUUAUGUUGAUUUCUUGAAGAAAAUUUUCGAUUUCAACUUAAUCAAAAAAUUUAUUGAUAAUCAACGCUCUACUAAGAAUUGGAAGUUAUUGUUUGAUAGUAUGAACGGUGUGACUGGACCAUACGGUAAGGCUAUUUUCGUUGACGAAUUCGGUUUACCAGCGGAUGAGGUUCUACAAAACUGGCAUCCUUCUCCAGAUUUUGGUGGUAUGCAUCCAGAUCCAAACCUAACGUAUGCCAGUUCAUUAGUUAAAAGAGUAGAUCGCGAAAAGAUUGAGUUUGGUGCUGCUUCUGAUGGUGACGGUGAUAGAAAUAUGAUUUACGGUUAUGGCCCAUCUUUCGUCUCUCCAGGUGACUCCGUCGCAAUUAUCGCUGAAUACGCUGCUGAAAUUCCAUAUUUUGCCAAGCAAGGUAUAUAUGGUUUGGCCCGUUCAUUCCCUACGUCAGGAGCCAUUGACCGUGUUGCCAAGGCCCACGGUCUAAAUUGUUACGAAGUUCCAACGGGCUGGAAAUUUUUCUGUGCCUUGUUCGACGCUAAGAAAUUAUCUAUCUGUGGUGAAGAAUCAUUUGGUACUGGUUCUAACCACGUAAGAGAAAAGGACGGUGUUUGGGCCAUCAUGGCAUGGUUGAACAUUUUGGCCAUUUACAACAAGCAUCAUCCAGAGAACGAAGCUUCUAUCAAGACGAUACAGAACGAAUUCUGGGCCAAGUAUGGCCGUACUUUCUUCACUCGUUAUGAUUUUGAGAAAGUUGAAACAGGAAAAGCUAACAAGAUUGUCGACCAAUUGAGAGCUUAUGUUACCAAAUCCGGUGUGAUCAAUUCUGCCUUCCCAGCCGAUGAAUCUCUCAAAGUCACUGACUGUGGGGAUUUUUCAUACACUGAUUUGGACGGUUCUGUUUCUGACCAUCAAGGUUUAUACGUCAAGCUAUCUAAUGGUGCAAGAUUCGUCUUAAGGUUGUCCGGUACAGGUUCUUCAGGCGCUACCAUUAGAUUGUACAUUGAAAAGUAUUGUGACGAUAAAUCCCAAUACCAUAAGACUGCUGAAGAAUACUUGAAGCCAAUUAUAAACUCGGUCAUCAAGUUUUUGAAUUUCAAGCAGGUUUUAGGAACUGAGGAACCAACUGUUCGUACUUAA